AACAGAAUAGGCAAUGCCGCUGCAAAAGCCGGCGUGCCUUAUACUACUGAAGCUCUCUACACGUUCUUUAUUGAAAGAGUACGAUUAAACAUGCAUGUAAUACUGUGUAUGAGUCCUGUGGGUGAAGCUUUUAGGAACAGGUUAAGAAUGUAUCCAGCCUUAAUAAGCUGCACUACUAUUGAUUGGUUUUGUGACUGGCCCAAGGAGGCUCUUAUAGAAGUGGCUAAUAAAUACAUUGAUGGUGUGGAUUUUGUUGCAACAAUAACUGGAGAAAAACUAGAGAGGAGAAAGGAAUCGGUUUUAGAGUCAUCGCAAGAUAAACUUCGAAAGGCAGCGGCAAAUAUGUUUUCGUCUAUACACGACACAGUAGCUAAGUAUGCUACCAAAAUGAUAAUCGAAAUGAAGAGGUACAGUUAUGUAACUCCCCCGAAUUAUUUGGAGUUGGUGGCUGGAUAUAAGGAGUAA